GUUAUGAAGUGUACGUGAAGGCAUCCGAAGGGGGCGGGAACUUUGCGUAAGGGUCCACCAUUCUUCAGGUUACUGCAGCGUGGAGGGUAACACAUUGUCGGUGUGUUGUCCAAACAAAGGCGACCGGCUCAGCAGCGUAUUCUCUGUCCUCUUUGCCGGAGUGAGCGGCAUGAUGUCCGGCAGCUGGUGGAGCAGUGAAGCGGUGACCCACGGGCUGAUGGCUCUGUUCGCCGUGGGCUCCUGGAUUUCCGUCAACAGUCUGUGGGUCGAGCUCCCGGUGGUUGUCAAUGUGCUGCCCGAAGAGUGGAACCUGCCUGCCUACCUCUCAGUGCUGAUAGCGUUUGGGAACCUGGGUCCGAUAGCAGUGACCAUCACGCACCACUGUGCUCCGGGACGUUUAAACGAACGUGUCGUCAUCCACUGCAUCCAGGUGCUGGCGGUGGUGGCGUCUGCUUUUCUAGCUGUCUUCUGGUCACACACCGUCACAAUAGCAGGAAAGGAAAGGUCGCUGCCCUUCCUGCUCUUCACCUUUGUGUUGUCUUUCGUGUCCUGUACGUCCAACGUCACCUUCCUGCCUUUUAUGUUCCGCUACCCCCCUCAGUAUAUUCGUACUUUCUUCAUCGGUCAGGGUUUAAGCGCCUUGUUCCCUUGCAUCGUGGCUUUAGGACAAGGUGUUAACAAGCUGGAGUGUAAAACUGUGAACGGCACGGUGCAGCCAAACUAUUUAAAAGAAAGCUUUCCGGCAGAGAACUUUUUCUGGUUCUUGUUCGUCAUGCUGUCAGUCUCGGCCCUAAGCUUUCUGGCUUUGACACGAAGACAGACGGCGUCGGAGCAAGAGGCGCCGCCGCAAGAGUUUGACAACGCAGCGGUGAUAAAGAACGGAGAGGAGACUCACCCGCUACACAACGGAGGGACGCCGGUGUCCGAGGAGCAGGUGCAGAUGGAGGAACAGUUACCCCCUCAGACGUUCUGGACACAACGCAACAUCUACCUGCUGAUGCUGCUCGCGGUGUCCAACGCCCUCACCAACGGGGUCCUGCCUUCCGUCCAGAGUUUCUCCUGUCUGCCCUACGGCACCAUGACCUUUCACCUCUCUGUGGUGCUUGGCAACAUAGCAAACCCCCUGGCUUGCUUUCUAGCUAUGUUUUUUGUCAUGAGGUCCUCCACUGGUCUGGGUGUUUUGUCUUUAGCAGGUGGAGUAUUUGCUGCAUAUCUAAUGGCUUUAGCAGCACUCAGCCCCUGUCCUCCCCUCCUGGGAAACCCUUCUGGUGUGGCAUUAGUGGUCGUCUCCUGUAUUAUUUUCACCGGCCUCUUCUCCUAUCUGAAGGUGGUGAUUGGGACUUUGCUUCACGAGGCGGGCCACGCCGCCCUGCUGUGGUGCGGCAUCUCUAUACAGGCUGGCUCUCUUAUCGGGGCCCUCACCAUGUUCCCCCUGGUCAACGUCUAUCAGGUGUUUUCCAGGGCACAAGAUUGCGUGGAUAACUGCAGUUAGCAUGACCCAGAUAUGUUAAGUUUUUUUUAAUUUGUUUUUUUUUUUUUUUAUACACACAGCUCCCAUUCAUUCCUCAUGGGAAAUGACUGUUAUGAACCCUGCUUUGAGGGUUUGUGAAUGACGCAUCAGAUCUUUGUUGACCUCAUCUUUCUUAUCGUGCCUCAGAUGAUGCAUUCUCUUCAGAUUUAGAGGUCUCUGAGUUUGUGAAAGUAAAAACAUUCCCUCAUAAUGGGAGCAUUGUGUUGCUGCACAUUGGCCAAGGGGAUGUAAAACGCAUAUGAUGCAGUAAUACCAAAUGUGCUUUGUGUGGUAUUUAUAAUGAAUCUCUAUGUAGCUGAAGUUGUUUACAAGUAAAGCAACAAACGCUACUGUUGGAUUUUUUUCCCACUACAACGGAUCAUGUGAAGUUAUUUACUCAGGGACACAAUCGUUAACUUAUUCAACCACAUUUGUUGCUCCUCUGUCUAAUUAAUAAGAAAUAUUCAUAUUCAGAAGUAACAGUGGGCACCUAGAUCCUAACUACAAUCCAAUCUCAACAUAAAAGCAAUCAGUGUUCAUUUUUUAAUUUCAGUGGCUAUUUUCAAAUGUAUGGCUACCUCAUCCGUUUGAUUACACUUAAAUAUGAUUUUUUUUUACACAUAAAAUGUUUUAUACAAACAUUUUAUGGCAUUUACAAGUUAUUUGGGAUGUUUAUUCAUUCAUUUCACAUAUACAAUAAUGCUGUGUCGCCUCAAGGGAACAAUAUCAGGCUUUGGGAGUAGUAAAGUAAUAAACAACAAAUGCAACAUUUCUGGUAAACAAGGGAUUGUGUCAUUUCAGUAUUUGAAGUAAUUAUGUGUAUCUUUGAUAUACACUAUUACCUUUAAAAGUCAGUUUUAUUAACCAUGCUGCUACAGCACAUCAGAUUUACUGUAUUAACUAUUAAACUCUUCAGGAGUUUACAAAAGAAGAGUUUGUGAAAUUUGCCUUAACUUUAUAGUGGACAGCCUGCUUUUUUAAACAGUUAUUACUCAUCCGUCAAUGUUAAUGCUGAUUUGUAAUUGGAUUCAAUAAUGUCCAAUACCUGUGUGUGAUCGAUGUGCUUUUUAAAACUUUUUUUGUAUAAAUGUAGCCAUUGUUUGUUGAUUUUUUCAGUUGAUUGUCAGGCAUACUUUGUGUUCAGCAUGACAUACACACCAUGUUUGUGACAUCAGAAGACUGUUGUUAAGUGUAGUUUGAAAUAUCAGUGGUAAACAAUAAAGAUUUGUUGAAAAUGA